AUGGUUAAGUUUGCAAAUUUACGCAUACAUUCGCUUCCAAUUUUUUUAAGAGUUCAUGAAGGAGAAAAUAACAGAAGCCACAUGAAUGCCAUUGCCAAAGCUUUACAACAUACAAACCUGAUUGGGAAUAAGAAAUCAUACAUACUCUCAGGGACGGAUUUGUAUGGAGCACUUUUUAUUCUGGAAGGGAAAGAGAUUAGUGUAUCCGAAGGUCCGAACCACGGUACUGUUGCUAGAGAUUUCACCUACAUCGAUGAUGUGGUGAAGGGUUGUUUGGCGUCGUUGGAUACGGCAAAGAAGAGAACAGGAAGUGGUGGGAAGAAGAAGGGUGCAGCACAAUUGCGGAUAUUCAAUUUGGGGAAUACUAAGCCAGUGCCUGUGAGCAAGCUUCUGAGUAUAUUGGAGAAGCUUUUGAAGUUGAAGGCUAAACGAAAGGUGGUGUCUCUGCCAAGGAAUGGAGAUGUGCAGUUUACACAUGCGAAUAUAAGCUUGGCUUAUAAGGAGCUUGGGUAUAAGCCUACGACUAAUUUGGAGACAGGAUUGAAGAAGUUCGUUAAGUGGUAUGUUGGUUAUUAUGAUCCUAAGAAGAAGAGUGCCUGGUGAAUAAUCUCCAACAUCAGGUGCUGCACUUUGAACUGUGCUUACCGCUUGUUCUGGUUGCCAUUACCUUACCACUUCUUGUUUCUGAAAGGGUUGAUUUGUACAGGCCAUAACUCAUAGUAGAUUGCAAACAUGUCUAAUUGGAUAUUUUUAUUAUCUAUUAGCUGAUUUUAAUAAAUUUUCAUCUA